CACGUAUCACUGAUGACAGGCAGACAAUAAUAAUCAUGAACUGGUUGAAUGGCACGAAAGGACAUUCGUGAAAAGAAGAUAACUGAGUCUGAUGACCAGGCUACAGUGUGCAAUUCCCCAAGUCAACUCCUACAAAAGCGCUAUUCCCCGCUUGCAGAGUAAAAACACUGUGAUGUUUGGAGUAGGGGGUUCGUUCUCUGUUGAUUCCGUGUAGAGAGGUAGCAAGAAGAAAAACCAAGAGGAUUUCGCUCUUAAUGAAUGGAAAUACGGAUCGGCGCUGUACACGCAGCCAGAGUAAAGAGGCUGAGAUCGAAUGGAAGGAAAUAGGAAAUAAGUGGCACAAGAUAAGAUAAAGCCAAGGGGGCACGCGAACCGGAGACGAAGCAAAACCGCUGCAAUUGACGAUCAACGGAUUACAACAUUAUUCCCGUUGCUGGCGAGUAAACGAUUUUCUAGAGGGAAUUGAUGGUGUCUUUACAGAGCAGAACAGACUUUGAAGAGGUGAUUUUGAAUGCACUCGGCUGAAUCAUGCUGAGUUUGUGGUUAAUAACUUUGGCUAUCAGUUUUAACAAAGUGUGGACAGCGAGAUUCUCACAGGAGCCAGCGGACCAGUCUGUUAUUUUGGGAGAGAGAGUAGUCAUGUCCUGUGUUGUCUACAACUACACCGGAAUCGUACAGUGGACCAAGGAUGGACUGGCAUUGGGCAUCGGAGAGGGCCUUAGGGCCUGGCCCAGGUACCGUGUGCUGCGGGUGAUAGACGUGGGCCAGUAUAACCUGGAGAUCUCUGCAGCAGAGCUGACUGAUGACUCCCUGUAUGAGUGCCAGGCCACAGAGGCUGCCCUACGCUCCCGGAGAGCUAAACUCACCGUCCUCAUCCCUCCCGAUGACCCAGUGAUCGAGGGCUUUCCAGAGAUCCUACUGAGAGCCAAUGUCUCCUAUAACCUGAGCUGUGUGUCCCGCGGGGCCAAGCCACUGGGCAUCAUCGAGUGGAAACGGGACGGGGUGGCCCUGGAGGGAGCUUUCAGCACCACCGAGGUUCUCCCAGACAGAAAGAGGGUGACGACAAGGAGCUUCCUGCCCAUCAUCCCAGAGGACAAAGACACGGGACACAACUUCACCUGUGUGGCCAGCAACAAGGCUGUCCCAAUGGGAAAACGCACCACCGUCACCCUCAACGUGCACCACCCCCCUAAGGUGAACCUAUCCAUGGAGCCUCGGUCUGUCCUGGAGGGAGAGAGAGUCAUCUUCACCUGCCAGGCCACCGCCAACCCUCCCAUCAUGGGUAUCCGGUGGGCGAAGGGUGGUGUUCUCCUGGAGGGGGCGAGGGAGAGUGUGUUUGUGACCCCAGUAGACCACUCCUUUCACACCGAGCCGGUCUCCUGCUCUGUGUUCAACGCUGUGGGACACACCAACCUCAGCAUCGUGGUCGAUGUACACUAUGGUCCUAUCCUGAAGGGGGCGCUCACACCGAUUACAGUGGACAUUGACUUUGACGCCAAACUCAAUUGCAAGUGGGCCGGAAACCCUCCACUCACACUCACCUGGACCAAGAAGGGAUCGAACAUGGUCCUUAGUAACAAUGAGGAGCUGGUCCUGAAGUCCGUGAGCCAGGCAGACGCGGGCCAGUAUGUGUGUAAGGCUAUCGUCCCCAGGAUCGGAGUGAAAGAGACUGAGGUCUAUCUUAUAGUCAACGGCCCUCCCAUCAUCUCCAGCGAACCAGUGCAGUACGCAGUGAGAGGGGAGAGAGGAGAGGUCAAGUGCUAUAUCGCUAGCACCCCUCCACCCGAUAAGAUUGUGUGGGCGUGGAAGGAGAACGUGUGGGAGAAGGAGAAGGGGACUCUGCUGGAGAGGUACACGGUGGAGCAGAGUAAACCUCACUCCCAGGGAGGGGCUGUCCUCUCCACCCUCACCAUCAACAACGUCAUGCAGUCUGACUUCCACUCUCCGUACAACUGCACCGCCUGGAACGCCUUCGGACCGGGGACUAUGAUCAUCACCUUGGAGGAGAAAGAGAUAGUUCCAGUGGGGAUUAUAGCCGGUGGAACAGUAGGAUCCUCCAUCCUGCUCCUGAUCUUUCUGCUGGCUCUGGCCUUCUUCCUCUACCGCCAACGAAAAGGCAGUCGACGUGGGGUCACUCUGGGGAAGCCAGACAUCAAGGUGGAGACGGUCAACAAGGAGACACACAGUCUGGAGGAGGAGUCAGGGAGCAUUUCCACGGCAACACGCAUGGUCAAGACCAUGUACUCUUUUCUGCCCUCUGUCUCCCUCUCUCCCUCCACUCAGCCAUUCAAAGACCAUAUGGAUCUGAAGCAGGACCUGCGCAGUGAGCUCGAUACCCGCGAGGAGUACGAACUGAAGGAUCCAACGAACGGCUACUACAAUGUCCGCGCGACCACCCACGACGAUGCCAGGCCGUCGUCCCACUCUAUGAUGUACCAGGGAGAGUUCCGGAACUCCAACCUUCUGGGGGGAGCUACAGGGGCUAACUCCAGUGGACCACCAGGGAGCCCCGGUGGGGCGGUGGUGGCAGGAGGGGUCCCGGGGAAUCCGGGGUCACGGGCAGGGUGCUACGACCCCCGACCUCCAUCCAGGAUGUCUCAUACUAGCUACGCCCAGUUCAACACCUUCACUAGGGCUGGGCAGAGCCAAGCCCCGCCCAACAUCACCCAUCCCUCCCAUCCCACUUCACAGACCAGCGAAUUCCCCGGUGACUGCGGCCUAUUGGACAGCAACACUCAGCUCACCUAUGACAACUACGGCUACCCCGCCAAGUAUCCCACCUAUCGGAUGGGCUUUGCCCCGCCCCCGGAAGUAGAGCCAGCCUAUGAGAUGUACCCGACUGGACAAGGGGUGGGACCAGGGCCAGUCAAAGGAUUAGGUCCUGGUCCAGAAACUCUGCUUGAGAAGUAUGGUACCUCCACCCGCUUCUCCUACUCCUCUCCUCCUGGUACGGACUACAAUCAGAGACACACGCAGAGGAUGCAGACACACGUGUGAUUGAUGUAUUGUGUAGUACACAGUGGUUUUCAUACACACAGAUACGUGCAUACAGUGCAUUCGGAAAGUAUUCAGAACCCUUGACUUUUUCCACAUUUUGUUAUGGUACAGCCUUAUUCUAAAAUUGAAUAAAUCAUUUUUUCCCUCAAUAUUUUACACACAAUACCCCA